GAAAAAAGCGCAGCGUUUGUACGUUACGUUACUGUUGUUAAAUCUGCUCAUUGGUUUUUGUGUUUCAUGUUGUUAUCCUGGACUUUGUAGUUUCUGAUUUGUUAUCAGAUGAAAUUGCUUAAUUUCAUGACAACCUACUUAUUGUUUGUAACUUAGAAUACUGCACACUUUGAUCUGAGGUUUCAUCUGGCAAACGGAGUUGAUGUGGCUUACAUUAAGUCGCAAAACGUCGGAAAUAUAAUUUUCUGCUCAUUGAAAUACAACAAAAAGGAUGUUUUCCACUAACUUUCUAUCCAAUGAUCAAUUUAUUUGAAACUGUCAAAUUCAACAUUGAAAUUGAUACCUACAGUAAAAACCAAAUGUUCUCCUCAGAUUAUGAUGGUUGUGAGUCUGACAGUAGUUCAUCCAGUGAUUUGUGUUAUGACAACAGAAGUGUCAAUGCGAUCGAGAUCUCCAAAGCUAAAGCUAUGGAGUUUGAUGAAUUAAUGAACAAAGAACUUGAUUUACUGAUCAGAAGCGUUCACCAUAAAGCACCGGAUUUGAAAACAGGAAAAAAGCAAAAUAAAAAUCUCAGAGUGAGAUUUAAAAAGCAUCAUGACGAUGACGAUGACUUUCCAGUAGAUAAAGAUCCACUUUGCGAUUAUGAAGAAGAUGAGGCUAAUGCUAAAUGGGUACAAGAAAAUCUCCCUGGAGGGAAGAGCGAGAAAUCUGAUGCCAUCCUUAACUGUCCUGGAUGUAUGUCUGUGUUAUCUCUAGUUAGUCAUAGGCACCCACAUUUCAAGACACAAUAUUAUACAGAAUACCCUAUCAAUUGUAUUGUGGACGAAACUCAAAUCAUAUCUCGAACGAUAUCAAAACCACAAAAUGCGAAAAAAUCUCCAGAAAGCAGUUUGAAAUCAAACCGGAAUGUCAUGAAGGAAUAUCACCCGGUCACUUGUAAAGUAUGCGGUAAUUCAGUCGGAUGUAAGGAAAUCCAGACCAAUAUGAUCUACUUCAAUGACAUACUUGCAAGUCAUAGUUAACCGAAGGGAAUUUUUGCACAGGAUAAGUGGUAUGGCUACUUAAUAAUAUUAAGUAGCUUGUUCCGAGUAACAUCAAUUCAUGGACUAGGACUUUUUGUGAACAACUUUAUUUCACUGUAUAUAAGUAAAUUGCUUUUUUUUAUCUCGGAAAUUAAUAAAAUCUCGAGCAAAUGC